AUGGCGGAUGGCGGGCACCAGUGCAACCAACGCAGCUGCAAUGUCAUGCACAAGGCUGCAGGGUCAGCCCAAUGUCAGCCAUCAUCAGCCAAUAUUGCUUACUCACUUCGAGGCAGCAGCAUGAAGGCCAUGGGAGCAAACGGAACGGACGGCGCCCUUUUGGCUCAACUGGAAAAUGACGUCCAUGGUAUCAAAACGACAAAUGGAUCUUCUGCUCCGAAGCUGCUUAAGGCCACUGUGGUUGAUCAAUUCGAUCAUUGGGCAUCCAAGACUCCCAACUCGGUCACCGUCGAGUAG